UUCAUCUUAUUAGAGCUUUGAAAUAAAGUCGAUAUUGAUCGAUAUAUAUACAUACAUACAUUCAUAAUUGCGUGUAUUCUCUUCAGUUUUUUCUUGAGCAACAUUUUUUAUUUGUCUUAAUUACACAAAAAAAAACAACACAACAAAAUAUCUAAAUGUAUUAUUUUUGGGAAUUAUUUAAUUUUUCAACAAAUAGCUUUGCAUACUGCAUUAACUCAGAUGACGAAGGUAACACUUCAUCUGAAAUACCAAGCAUCACGGAGUCCGAGAAUGGUGAAGAAGUUAGUACCAGCACAGACACAAAUAAGUCCGAAGCAAAAGAGGACACAUCUUCACAACUACCAGAAGUUUGUAAUAAUGAACUUGGCAUAUCAAAUCAAACUACUGCAUCAAAAGAUAGUGCAGAUGGCAAAAUAAAAAUAGAAACUUUGCCUAAGGAACGUCGAAGCGUUACACCAGAGCUACAGCGAAGUGCGCCAACCAUUGCCAGUACACCGCUAAUUAAGUUAGAUUAUACCCCGAAAGCGGAUCUAAUAAAUUGUACACAAAACAAAGAAAAUAAAAGUACUGAAAAGAAAAGGAGUCUUUUGUCGUUGUGCCACCAAUCUGAUGUUGUGAUCACAUCGUACUCACCCCGCGAAACCGGCGUUCGCAUCGAAAAAUCUUUUACAGCAGUUUGUAAGCCUUCAGCUACUUGUCUAGCCAGGACUCCCAGGAGCGUAUACAGCACGCCGAAAAGCGUGCUCUCUGAUUACAAUGACGAAGGCAGUCGCGACUUUAUUGAUUUCACCACGCCGGCAACGUCGAAGAAAGCUUUCGGUUCACGUACGGCUGCCGGAAAUUCCUCCAUGCAUUUAAUUGAUUUAACUACACCGAGCGUAUUGGCACCAGCCAGCUCGCGUCGACGCCCUACUUUUAAAUGCAAUAAAACACUUCCCAGCGACGUCAAACUGUCUACCACUCCGCUCGCCUUUUCCAACGUAAAAGAAGGUCCAGAGGAAGAGGAGGGCGUUCAUACGCUACCAGGGACUCCGUUAGUAGAGCCGUCGACCAGUAAAUCCAAUAUAACACCACAAAGUGCUGAGUCAGUUAUAAGUGUCGAUGGUUCCACUGACUCAUCUACUGCGGUAAUUGAAAUCUCGACAGAAGACUCGGCCACCCCCAGCACUAGUUCACCGUCCGUGCGUGCGGGUGCACCGUCGAAGACCCCACAGCGUGGUGGACAUAAACAGGUAACUUCUACUCCACUGCGCACACCGCAGUCCCUAAUGAAACGUGCCAUAUUGACCAGCGCCAAGAAGCAGAUCAACACUCCACUACGUACGGCGCCCAGUAGCACCACGCCAAUUCGACAACUACCCACCACACCUAUGCGUAAAGUUAAUAUGGAUGAAACUGGCGGAUCAGCCCGUUCCACGCUUAAGGGACGCAUCGCUAUAGGAUCUCCGAGUAACGUGGCUGCAGCACAGCGUCGCAGCUUCACGACAGGGCGCAGCUUGGCUGGUGCAAGCAGCACAUCAACCCCCGCAAGGGAGCGUGCAAUAACAACUUCCACUCCGCUGCAAAUGGGUGCCACUCUAGGCAGGAAAGUGCCCGCUUCUGCAUCGCGCGCAGCAGUAGCAAAGCGUACCUCACCACUACGAGGUGUGCGCAAAUCAUUCGGCAGCUCAACACUCACAUCACAUAUUUCGAAACCACGGCGUUCGAUUGUGCCUCCACGCAAACAUUCACCAACAUCCAUCGGUGCUCAACUUGUGGCAAAAGCACGUAAGUCACUCUGCACCGCUAGCGCAAGCCGCAGUCAAGUAGCUUCGCGUGCGCGCAGCCUAGUUGCAGCUGCGAUAAAGGGAAGCGGACAAAAUGAAACUACAAAUUUAGCAUCGGAGAAAACAAAAAAUGAGGACUUGCCUUCAGAUACUCCAGGAAAAGAAGGGAAAGAGAAUGUUUUAAGCGAUAAUGUUAAAAAUGAAGUUAAUGAGUUAAGCCGCACCUUCACUGUGGAUGACUCGCUAGAGGAGGUGAAUCUUAAAGCUGAAAAUGCUUCUACUGCUCAAAAUGUAAUAGUUUCGCCGGUUAAACAAGAUUCCAUUAAACAAAUGGACGCAUCCAUGUCACAAAAUCAGGAAAUUAAUAAAACGUUUUCGCCAGAGAAAUCAGUAUCUGUGGUUGGGGCCGAGGCAGGGCCUGAUAUACCCGUUGAUGUUGCAGAAACCAUUGGGUUUGAAAAGCAAGAGAAGAGUGUGCAAGACUUCAAAGAAAAUAAAGACAAUAACGUGUCAGAACACAUAUCGGAAAGUUUCGCCGAAGUUGUCGAGUCGAGUGAUAAACCAAUAGAGACGACUAAUCCACAAGAAGGGACAAUAGCUAGUCAGCAACACCAGGAACGAAGUGUUAGGACUGAGCAAUUAUUAGGUACGAGUGCAACUACUUUGGAAACGGAUCAGCAAGAUAUCUCUGCAGAUUCUAACCGGAUCAAAGAAAUAGUAAACACUGCGGAAGCUGAAACGCAAGAGACUUCAAAAGAGUCCAACGAUAGAGUUCUCGAGACCUUAGAUGCAGAUGAGGUAAGCAGUAGCGUCAUGGUUGCACAACUAGAUGCCAACGAAGCCGAAACCAUUCUGGUCACUCCAGUGCCUACCGAAGGCCUUGAAGACGAAGGCGCUCCAAAAGCCACCGGGGAAUCUCAAGGCACAGCGGAACUGCUGGAAGAGAUCGAUUAUGUUCUGAAUAAAUCUGAUGAAUUGCAACAGCAGUUGGGCAAAGACAUACAUAACACGAGCAGUGGAAAUGAGGACGCCGUUGAAUUGGAAGCAGCGAUUUCUGCGAACGUAGGCGAGAAAAUCGAAGAGCUUGUUGCUAAGGAUAAUACCAACGUUUCACAUAGUACGGCAAUAGAAGGUGCUUUGACUGCUGAACAAGAAACAAAUACCAACAAAUUGGAAGCUGAUGUGGAAGACUUUACAAUCAGCGACCAGAACGCCGACAAUGCUGUCUCGGAAGAUCCAAAUUCAAGUAAGAUGGCCCCCGACGCUAAACCAGGCGUGAAUGAGGAUGUAUCAUCGACUGAUUCUGAUAUAUUGCCAUCAACAUCUGAGAUCGUGUCCACCGGCUCGAAUGCUAGUUCAGUGAAAACGGAAAUGGUAUCGAUUACAUCGAUAACCACGCCCAGUGAGUUUGAUGUGUCCACUACUGAAAGUAGCUCUGUAGAAAAGACAAUAACAUCAGAAGAGCAAGAAGGGGCCUCCAAACAACCGAUAAUCAUAAGUGAAGUUGAUCAAAUUACAAAUAACCCUACAGAACCAGAAAUGAAGAUGCUCGAAAUAACUACUGCCGAAGUAAAUACUUCUAAUGCGCCAGAGUCUACAAAAGGCGACCUUGAAGAGAAGCCGGUAGAUCAUAGUGAAGGUGCUCCAAAUGAGCUUGCGGAUGAAACAAAAGCCACUAAAACCGAACCAAAAUCAGAUGAUAUUGCCUCGGAGGCUGCUGUGGUGGAGUCUGUACAAAUUGAACUGAUAGAAAAUGAAGAAACCGAAAUAUUUGAAGAAAAUAUAUUGUUUACCGAUGAUGAAGUAGAGCAACAAACUUCAGUGACCGACAAAGAUAUACAUGCAACACCAGCAGAUUGCGAAGCGAAAUCGUUAACGAUUGCUGUCCCGAAUUCGAAUAAAUUCGGAAAAGUAGAGACAGAUAAGUCUUUUAUUGGCAAUACGAUGGCAGAGCCGGUUAAGGCAAUUGAAGAAUCUGUUUCAGAACUCAAGGGGUCUUCAGUGGACUCCGGGAAACCUGCAGUAAACCCCACAUCAAUCGAAAACGACUCCAACGAAGUGUCGGAAGCAACUAAAAAGCCAACGCAGGCUUCCAAUGAAUUUGCGACUAUGUCAAUUGACACCAACACAACUGUUAUUGAGGUACAUGAAAACGUCAAAACAGUUGAAGCAGUCACUAACGAGGAGGAGGAGGAGAAGAAAAUCAUUGCCGCCGAUGAGGAUAACAAAUCCAUUGACAUCGCCACUGAAACUGGUGCCUCUGCGUUGGAGGGGCCCAAAACACCAAAUCUCCGUGGUAUACGUGAAAUGCUGCGCACCCCAAAGCAAUCACAAACCUCCACACCCCGUUUUAUUGGCUUGCGUAAUCUAAUGCGCACUCCGAAGGCAUCCACCAGCGCAGCAGCGGCGUCUGCUGCAGUUGAAGGUGACGAGGAGGAGCUGAUAGGCAUACAGACAUUAUUGAAAACGCCGCUUCAAAGCAGAAUGAACGCACAAACUCCACAACUGGCAAUUGAUAGCAGCACUUAUACGCCUCGACGCAGUGCUAGACGCAGAGCUUCAGCAAAUGAGGAUCUCACGCCGACUCGUUGUAUAACACCAACUCUGGAAGUCGUCACCGAAGCUGGUACACCGCGCCGCUCCACGCGUCGUCGGGCUUCGGCAUCAGCUGAGGUGAGUUACACGCCACAUCGUAUCACAAGGCGACGUUCAUCGCUGUCGUUGGACAAUGAGGAGGCCGUUGCUGCCUCAUUGACCCCGCAUAAACGUGGUGGUUUGCGCGCCAGACUAACGACUAUAUUGACAGAAUGUUCAGUAGCCGAAGAUAUGGGUGCGAUUAUUGAAGAAGAAUUCAAAGAAGCUGCACAGGAGUCCAUUGACAUUCAACAACACAAUUUGGAAGCUGAUAAGCAUUCUGUUGGUGAAAUUUCGGAAGCAACUGAGCCUAACUUAGCGAAAGUGAUUGAGGAGAGCAUUUGUGAAGAAGUUAACACCAAAACGCAGCAGGACGUGGAAAUAAACCCAGCAACAUUUGAAGUAGUAAAUGUAGAAAAUGAAGAAAAUUCGAAUGUAAUUAAUGAAGUGCGAAGUGAACAAGCGUGUGAACUGCCUGACGAUAAUAUAAAGUCUACUGACACAGAGUCUGAAUGUCAUCCGGAUUCUUCAUUCAACGAACUUCAAACAGAUGAAAAAGACAUCGUCCAUAAUACCUCAGAUAGUACAGCUAAUGCAAAGGCGAUAGCAACCAAUGACGGAGCAGAAGAGCUGUCUGAAAUUGACGCUUUAGUAACGGUAAAAACUAAUGAAUCCGAUGAAAUUCUAGAUGAAUCCGAUUAUGAAUAUGGCAAAGAAGUUAAAGAAGAAGCCAGAGCAAAUUCUGACGCUGAUAUGCCGCCAAAAACUCCUAAGAGACAUCGUAAAUCCGUAAAGAUUCUAGACACAGCUACAGAAACGCCGAAAACGCCCAAACCAUGCGCCGAUGCUCCAAAACUUAUUGGUGUACGAGAUUUAGGACGCACGUCCAAAUCAACAGUUGAGACAGCUGCAGCGGACUUGACUGAUGAUGAAGAACGCUUUUCAGGACUAGCUGAUUUAGUGAAGACCCCUACAGCCAUAACCAGAGUAACAAAGAAAGCACAUGAAGAGGAGGUUGUUUGGGGCAAAAAAGAAGAACAAGAAGAGCCUUCGAGUUCUAACGCAACACACGAAACAUUUGUUGGUAUGCGUGAGCUGUUGAAAACUCCCAAACACACCAGUACGCCACAAUAUCGUGGUAUGCGGGAACUAUUACGCACACCUAAAGCGUGUAGUACACCCCAAUUGGGCGGGCUGGACGAGCUUAUGCAAACUCCAAAGCGCUCUAAACUUAACGCGCAAUAUGACGAUGAAGAUGUAGAGCUCGAUCAGUUCUUUAAAACGCCACGUGCUAAAGAUGUUAUGAUACCUGGCGAACCAGCAAGCGCUGUUUUGGAACCCAGUGCGGAUACCAUGCUCGAUAUUAUGACUGCCACAACUGAAUAUGAACUACAUAGCAAUAGCCAGCGGCCGCUGGAAGAUAUCUACAAAACGCCCGUAAGUACACGUUUGACUAGUGUUGAUACUACUAUUACAGAGGAUGUUGAAGAAAACACGGAAAAGGAAAGUAAGGAGGAGGAAGAUAAAAACGUCGUAACUUCUACAACUGGUGAAAGUGAUAUCGAAUUAAUCGUACCCGAAACACCCGCAGCGAAAACUACAACCAAACGAAACCUCUCCGCCGAAGAAGUAUUCGAAGAAUUAGUAGGUGAGCGCACUACGCUCGAUGAAACGCCACCACAAAAAGUUUACGAACGCAAACGUCGAUCAGUUGUAGCAACAGAUUCCCUACUUUCACCUUUCUCAGCAACAGAUAUUAUAUCCGAUUUGCCUAAAACCGAUAUACAAGAAUGGGUAGAUAAUUUGGAUGAAAAUGCUGAGCUGGAAGAAGAGGAACAAGAAGUUACUGUUUCGGCUUCAUUAUUAGAAUCCUCGAAAGAAAAACAAGAUCCUUUUGCAACAUCGGCUUGCAAGACAAGUGUCAUUGGUGUGAACAAAGACACAACCGAAGAAUUACUUGCAGAUAUAAGUGCCGUGUCCUCAAUGGCAGAUCCAUUGCUCCCAAGUGCAUCGAAGAGCUCCAAAUCAGUGCAUAAGGUAGUAGCUGAUGAAAACGAUACAUUGCGUCCAACAACACCCAUUGAAUCAGAAAUUAGUGGUAUUAACUUGCUUGAUCAAACCAACGAAUCCGUGUUCUCAGAGCCACUGAUAGUAAGCGAUUCCGAGUCGAUGCAAGACAAGGGGGAAAAUGAUGCGAAAGAAAAAGAAAAGACCGACGUAAAAUCAAAUAAAUCGGGAAAUGAUAUUGCGUCAACAGGCGCUAAUAAGUCAAUGGGCGAGGAAGAAUUUCCUGUAAUGUUUGUAGACAGUAGCGAUUCUGAAGCAGAAUAUGCUGACGGAAUUGACACAAAUGACGACAGGACGAAACCGGCUGAGAGCACAACUCAAACAGAAACACCCGCAGUUGAAGAAACAAUUAAAAGUGCACAUAACACUGAGAUCAUCGACCUCGACGAUUCUAGUGCAUCCGAAUCCAUUGAAUCCACAGUGCUCAGUAACUCAAAAGCGUUUAAAAAGACUAAAGUAAGUGAUAUUCAUACUGAGUUUAGCAACUUUCAGCCACACAAAAACCUUGCCAGCCAGCAAAUGCGCGCAUCCACUCCUAACCGUUGCAGUAAGGUACGGCAACCACAAUAUACGAGAGGACGUCGGCAGAGCAUGGGCGCCGAGAAGUUGCUUGCUAGCAGUUCCAUUGACUUAACGCUUGAAAAAUCCCGUUUAGCUGGGGAAAGAGCGAAUUCUGUUGCGCUCGUAGAUAAAUGUAUAAUAGAGAUUGAUGAAGAGUCCGUGGAUCUGUCGUCCGUAUCUGAGAUAGUGACUAAUUUCGCUGAAGAAGCGGACAAUACGGCUAAGAUGGAGAAUAAUGAUCAAAAUAAAAAAGUAAAUGCAUCAAAACCAAAUGAAGAGUUUGACACAGAAUUCAGUAAUUUCCAGGCACAUAAAACAAUCACCAGUCAAGGUAGACGGGCCGCCACACCUGAUCAAGUCAAUAAAACGCGUGCGCAGAAAAUAUUACAAGCUCCUCGUCGUUUAACACUGGGCGCUGAGCAGCGCCUAUCGGACGUAACCGUUGAUUUCAUUGAAGAAAAAGCAAAACUAGAAAAAUGCAAGCAAAAACCAACGCUUAUUGAUGAAUGUAUACAAGAGGUAGACGACUCUGAUAAGGAGUGUGAUACCAACGCCGAGGUAGCUCAAAAUUAUAUCAGUGCAUCGGAAAAAACAGCUAAGGUAGAAAAUUCGAACGAUGUAUCAAAGGAGGAAACAUUGAAGCCUGUACAGGUGAUGGAGGAGAAACUAGCGAUUGCAACUGUUGGAUUAUCGGAGCAAGUAGAUAAAGUUAAACCUGCAGACGAGACAACUGCUAGUGAAGGACAAGAAUUUGCCGAAACUUCUGACGAACCUACAGAACAGGCAGUUGAAACUGAGGAGGCAGAAAUAAACUCUACAGCUACUGCUGACGAUGUUGAUGAUGUACAAAGAAUACAAGAUGCAACCGAAAUCUCAGCACUUGAAGUGAAACAUACCGAGCCUAUUGAACAGAAAUUGGUUGAACCUGAUAUCAAAGCUAUAAAAGAUGUUACAAUCGCAAAACCUUCAGCAGAAGAUGUUAUACUUGAAAAUGAAAAUCAGCCAGAAGUUUCGCUCAGUGCAGAAGCUUCAAUUGAAAAAGAUAAUGCAACAGAUAAACCUGUAGCCAAAGAAGUUAAAUUACAAGAAAAUGAGGCGGUAAUACCAUCAAACGUUGAGUCUUCAAUCGGUAUAGACACCACAACUAAAGGAUCUUUAGGUAAGGAAUUUAGAAUUCAAGAAAAUAAUUCCGAAAUUCCUUCAACUACAAAGUCUUCAACCGUCAAAAAUGAUAGUGGUCAGAAGCUCGAGUCAGCUGGCGAUGUAGCUAUAAAUGUUGUUCCAGGCGAAGGCUCAGAAAACGCGUCACCCAUCGAAAAUGAGUUCAAUGAGAGUGAUAUAUUUGAUUUAUGCGAUGAGCUGCCAAAGAAACCGCUAACAGUUAACACAACUCAAGGAGUUAUAUUUGAUUUAACCGAAGAGGAAGCAGAUGAAGAAAGUGUCGAAAAGAAAAUUGAGGAAAUUGCAACUCAGGACGUUAGCUCUUCCAGUCAACAAAUUGCAAAGACGAAGUCGGAAAAUGCAUCAGAUGAAGUCAAAGCUGGAGAAAUGGAAACUGUAGUCGCAACUGAAUUGAAAAAUACAGAGGUGGCCUUGAAAAUUGCCGUUGAUGAAAGCAUAGUCAAUGUUGUGAGUUCAAAGCAAAUAUACACUGAAAGCAAGGAUCACUUCACUAUCACAACAGAAAAUGGUGCCCCAACUCCUAUAAUUGAGCUGAACAUUUCUCAAGAAAGUACUGACCUAACCUCCGCUGUUGUGGAAGAAGACGUAUCGGCGAACAUGGACGUUUCAACAGUAAAUCAAAAAGAUAAACAAGAAGCUGAAACAAAAAUAAUUGGACAACUAGAAGCUACAGCGGUUGAGCAGCAAUCUCAGCCAGAUGCUGUAGCCGAAGCUUAUAUCGAUACCGAAGUUAACGCUGAUGUGCAAUCACUUGAGGAGGAUGAAAUGCUCGUUUUGGCAGUUUCUGUGGAGUCUACAGCUGAUGCUGAUAUUAUCGAAGAUGCUGCAGAGACUUCACAAGCUGCGGUAGAAAUACCAAAUGAAUCACAGGUGUACACUGCCACUGAGGAAGUGCCAAAGCUAAUUAGAGAUACUAGCGAUGAAAUGGAAUUAAAUAAUGCAAAUAGUGAAACAGCUCCGAUAAUUGCAGACACUGAUGUGCUUGUUGAAGUUGAAGCUGGUACAAAUAUUAUCAUAACUGAGGAAAAGGCUGAAACCCUAAACGGUGAAAAUGCGCCGGUAUUACAAGUGGACGAUUCAGUGAUUCAGCUGGAUAGUGAUGUUGAAGAAAUUGCAGAAGAACCACUAUCAAAUACCGUUAACAAGCAGAAAACUGCUAUCGAAAUAGACAUAACGCCUGCAACAAUUGAAAUUAAAGCAAAGGAAGAAAUGGAAACUGUAACCGUUAAAGAAAUAAACUCGGAAAAAAUUGUCACUGCGACGCCAGCAAUUAUUGGAGCAGAAGUAAGCGAACAUGUAAUAAGCGAAAAAUCAGAAGAUGAUGUGAAAGAAAAAGUGAUAGAAGUGAAGGCACAGUCAAACGCUGCAGAAAACAUCGCAGAAACAACACACACGCGUGAAGAAAGCCCAGUGAAAACGAGUGAAUUAGUAGCAAUAGAGGAAACGAAGGACGCUGGUCAACAAAAUAAAACAGAAGCUUCGGUACAACAAAUAAAACAACCUGAUGAAGGGGGUGAGUUAGAUGAACCAGCACCAUCCAAUAGAGCGCAUCAAGCAGCGAAGUGUACUGAUCACAAGCCACGGCGAUCUGAACAAACGACCGCAGAAAUAGAUGAAUUAGCUGCCGAGAGCAUGAGUAUAGCUGAUCAGACAGAAGCUUCGGUGCAGCAAGCAUCAAUGUCGGGAGAAGAUCUAGAUGCACCAAACCUAUCCGAUAGAGCGCACCAACCAACGAAGCGUACUGGUCGGAAACCAUCGCGAUCUAAACCACAGGGCGCAAAAGAAAGUGAGCCUACUUCUAAAGCAGCCACCGAGAUCAAGAGUGUAUCUGAGAAACCUGCAGCAAUUAUUAAGGAGCCAUACUUAGAUACAACAGCGAAACUUGUUGAGGAGAAAGUACAAUUAGAACCACUACCACGUACUGAAACCAUUGGAGAGUCGAAAUCACAAGAACAGGACGUUGAAAAGAACACAGAUAAGCCAAUACCAUCAUCUUUAAAUGCUGACCGUGAUAAUAAUGAAGAAAUAGUCGAUGCCACUUCAUCGGAGGGGAAACAAGAACCGGCUAAACGAAGACUUAGCAACCCAUCACGCUCUAAGAAAACCGCCGCAGAGGAAAAAGUUCAAUCUAAAGCUGAAAAACUUACUGAAGGUGAAAUAGUGGUUAUGAAUGUUGAUCUGCCCGAACAAAAGUUACAGCUGGAUACAAAAUUACCCGAACAUAAAGAAGAGUCUGAAAAUAAAUCAGAAGAAAUAGUGCCAGAAACACCCACAGAAGAUAUGUCCGUGGAAUCUUCUAUGCAGGUAGCCGAAGUAGAAAGCAGUGAACCGCUAGUGAAAAGAAGAGGUCGAAAGCCAUCACAAUCGAAACAAACAGCGCCAGAAAAGUGUGAAGAAAUCUGCAAGGCAACUAUUGAGAAUGUAGCGUUGGAAGAAGACGAGCGUGAAACAAUAAAAGAAAAGCAUUAUUUGGAAAAAACUGAGGAAAAUAUACUCAAUACUGAGACAGAAAUGCCAAAGUCGGAGUUAGAAGAAGCUGAUAAGGUAUGUACACCAGAAACUUCAACUAAGACCACGGAAAAUGUGGCAAAGGAAGAGAAGGUGCACGAAGAGACAACUUCCAAUGGAAAACAACAACCAAAUAAGCGUAAAGGACGUAAACAAUCGCAAUCAAAACAAACAACCGAAGCAAUUGAAGAACCAAUUUCUGAGGCGAUCAUUGAAAAUAAAGCUCUGGUUGAGGAAAUUGAAAUGAAUGCUAAAAAUGCUAAUAAAUCAUCAAUCUCAAAGGCAAACAUUGAAAGCAAAACAUUGGUAGAAGAAUCUGCACCAUUUAAUGAACAGAUAGCCGAGAAAAAAGCAGAGUUGCAAACAUACAUAAAGGCAAGCUAUGAGGUGCUCUUCAAGAGCACUUCUGAAACAGCCAAUAUCGCCGAGGAUGACAAGCCCAUAGGGGGCGCAUAUCCAUUGCCAAGCUCCAGCGAAAAAUCAAAAAUUGAAAAUAAACCAGCUACCUUGAUCAUUAGCGAACACGAAGAUAAAGCUGUGAAAACUACAACUGAGCCGACUAGUGAAGCUCGGAGAGACAUUUCUUCAAGCACAGAAACCAUUGCAGAAACCGAACCUGAUAAACACGAGGAUUCACAUGCACAGAGGCCAACACGACGCAAUCGAAAAGGCUCACAAUCAAGCCAAUGCUCUACUCAAGAUGAAGAUCAUCUGCCAACAACAACCAGGCGGCGUGGUGGGCGUCGACGUGCUGAAACGCCCGUCGAGCUCAGCACAGAUGAGGCCACAUCAUCUGAUGCACCAACAAGUAAACGGCGACGAGGUCCAGGAAAAAUAAAAGAGGAUGUACAAUUGGAAGAUAUAAAAGAGGUGCAAAAUGAUGAACCCGAAAUUACAACUGAGGAACAGCAUCCAAUCAAAACUGCUGAAGUAAAGUACAAAAAGAAGUUGGAGACUGAAGUCACGACUGAUGAUAACAAUAGUGAGAAGAAAUUUGACAAGAUUGAUGACGUAUGUGGCGGUACUCCCGGCGCAGAAGAGGUGAUACAAGAAGUCGAUGAGGUAGCAACGAAGGAUACAGACACAUUAACAAAACGAGGUACGAGCAGGCGGCGACAUGGAGUUGCUGCGGAAGCGGCCGAAAACGAGGAGAAAAUUUCUACUUCGAAAAUAAAUACUGAAAUUACAUAUGAACAUCACAUUGAUGUCGAAGUACCAGUUACUUCGGCUAUUAUAACUGUUGCUAAACGCGGCAAACGCAAGCAGACCGUCUCCGAAUCGAGUCAAACUUCGAACAAAGAGGAGCAUAUUGAGUCGCAUCCAACUCAUCGACAUCGCCGCGGGCGUAGGCCAACUAAUGAGGAGCCGGAAGUAGUUGAAACCUCCGAGACGAGCAAAGAAGAGGAUGCUGCUGCUAUUGCCGCGGUGCUUCCAACACUUAUUGAAGUCACCGAGGUUGUGUCUUCAAAUGUUCCCGAAGAAGGAAUUGAUAAAGUCGGGGACGCAAUAAAAACAGAGAGAGAAAAUGAAGAGUGUGAGCACCACUCUACAGCAGAGACUUCGAAACGUGCACUGACACGUAACAAGCGUACACUCAAGUCUUCACAAACAACCAAAGGCAGUCCGCAAUUGUCCGAGGCAUCAGAGGACCUCAAAGUGGAACCGAAUAAAGAGACGCCACUACUAAAAGAAGAGGAGCCAGUAACAAAGGCUGCCAAUGAUGGUCGAACCCGCGUGAAUCGAAGAAAGAAAGCAGAAACAGAUGAAGAGCAUGAACGCAAGACAGAAGCUGUUGAUGAAGCUCAAAAUGUGGAUGAAUCCGCUGGCACGGAUCCUGUGGCUAAAACAUCUGAAAACGCAGAACCUACCGUUGAGCAACUGUCGAACGCGGCUUCGGAAUCAGUAGGUGGGCGACGAGGACGCCGAGGAGCGGCCGCUGCUGCCACAGUAGCAAUCAAUGAAGUUUCAUCAGCUCACAAACGCGGUGCGCCGAGAGGAAAGACCCACCAGAAUAAGCCACAGACAGCACAACAACAAGAAGAAAUGAAAAAAGAAAUCGGUGAAGACAUUCAUGCUGAAGAUGGCGGGGAAGUGAAAGUGGUAGAGGAUAAGAAACCACAUAAGGCGAUACGUAAACGACGUGGAUCCACAGCUGAAGGUCAGUCGGCUCAUGCAGAUGGUGCUGAAAAAUCCGAAACAGAAGAAAAAGAAUCGACAAAGGCCGCGGCUAAGCGCGUUCGCAGACGCCGUGAGUCACAUCAUGAAGACGAAUCGCAGAGUACCAAUAAACAAGGACCCCAGGAGGAAGCUACUACUAGUUCGGCACCGAAGAAGUCUCCCAUUGCGGUAUCAUCAAAGCAGCGCAGCGGACGUAAGCGCAAGGACUCCCUCAAUAGCGUGGAAGGGACAGCGGCUGGCGACGGCGGAGGUGAACCGCCAAAGAAGCGUCCACUCAGUCGGAAGCGACGCGAUUCUUCGCUCGAUAGUAGCAUACAUGAAGGUACUGGUGGCGAUGCAGAUAACAACGCUGGAGGCAACACUUCGUCAUCAUCGACGACGCCACAACGCUCGCGUAAUAUACCAAGACGAGCUGCUGCCGCACAAGACCGCAACUACGACGAGAGCUCAGAUGCGGAAGCACAGGUUGAUCUGAAACGACGUAUCGAAAAAGCAGCGCUGCCUAAAAUAAAUACCAUUAGCGCUACAAUAGCAGCGAACGCUGCUCCGAAACAAUGGAGCCCAAGCGCGACUAAAACGAGCCCACCGGAAACGACACCGGCGACUGUGAAAGAAAUCGCGUCUAAAGCCGUGAGCACUCCCAUCUUAUCGGCGGUCGCAACCACAAGUCGUGGUGGUCGGCAACGCAAACCCACCGCACGCGUACAACAGUACCUUGAGGAGGAGCGAGCUAAAGCUGAAACUCCGAAGAAGCGGCUGCUACUCAAUUUAGCCGCUGGUGCCGAAACGCCUACAUCACAAGCGCGCGGCACCCCAGUCAGACGCGGCCGAAAAGCCUCCGCUAUUGAAACUGAGGCGCCUGUAAAAUCACACACCCCGGUGCGUGGACGGGCGCGCACUGAAAAAGCCGUCAUUGCUGUUGCGGUGACUUCAGAGGAAUCGCGUUCGGAAUUAGAACACACACAUUCUGAGCUAGAAACGACCCACAGCAGCAGUCAUGCGGAAGAAAAAGAGUUGAAAACAACUGCUCAAGUUAUUAAACGGCCCGGGCGACGUGGCAAGCAUGCUGAAGCAAACAUUCCCCUAGAAAGUGAUUUGAAUGAAGCACACCACACAUCGGCCGCAAUGGUUUCCACGCCGACGCCGCAGGCACAUACUGCCAGUGGCCGAAGUGGAAGAGCUGCCAAAGCCGCGGCAGCAGCGGCACUUAUAACUGACGAGCCAACUGGUUCACACACAAAAGCGCGUGUUGGACGCGGGCGACGAGGCGCUCAUGCCACCGAGGAGGAGCAACACACUGAUGUCGAAACAAAGGGAACACGCGCCCAGGCAGCAACGCCUUCAAUUGAAACCCAAAAACCAACUAAGCAGGCACGAACAGCCACAGCUGCUGGGCGCGGAGUACGCGGAGGACGGCGCAAUAAACAGCUAGAUGACGAUGACGACGCUCGUUCCUAUACCUCACAAAACGUCUUACAAGAAGAUAGUGAAGCCAGCAGUAGUGGUGGGCCCCAGUUAUCGCUAGCUGUCGAUGCCGACGAUGAGCAUGAGGAAGACGAGGAAGCGCUAACGAUUACGGAAGAAGUAGAAGACAAGCCACUUGCAACGGUUAAGGGAGGGAAGGCAGCAGAUAAAAAACGUACGGUAACAACGCGUAAACCAGCUACCAGGGCUACCGAAUCCCCUGCGCCGAAACGCGGACGUCGUCGCGCUGUCGCCGAACAAGAUGACGCCACACACAUAGAUACAGCCUCAGAGAGCACAGGUAGCAGUCGGAGCCGCAAAGUAGUUCGAUUCGAUGCCGCUACGCCUUCAAGCACCACCAGUGCCGAAAUGCCAGCGGAAGCUGUUGCCGUUGAAAUGCCAGCAGAGAAAACAGCGCCGGCCAAACGUGCAACGCGUUCGCGCCGGAAGUGAACGAUAGAAGAGCAACAGAAAAGAUAAUAUGAGUAACGGGUGUAGUUGCGCUUAGUUUUUUUAAGCAUUUACAAUUUUUUAUCAGCAACCUUACAAUUUUUGUUAUCAGCUAAUGCAUUCACAAUGGGAUAACAGUGCUAGCUAUUAGAAUCAUACAUCUACUAACCAUCUCUCAUUCAUUCAAGCCACAUCUUCGGCCUUUUCCCCAAGAAGUUUAAUGAGCAGAAAUCUUUAUUUAAUGAGCAGAAAUCUUUAUUUUGUCUUUUAAUGAAUAACCAUUGAUUUGUUUUUUUUUCUCGAUUAAAUUUACGGAAUUGUUCUGAGUUAUCCUGUAUUUAAAUUAGUUCGCAUGAACGCGCAGACAUAUUUCAUUAUCUUGUGUUCGA